AUGGCAGGCAAACGCAAGACCAUAGUACCUGAUCUUGAUGACCUCCGUCGCUCUAAGCGAAGUAACAUGGGUCAAGGUGGACGCCUCACCCAACUUCAAAAGCUCGAGUCCUCACAGAUGAAUAGACAACGUCCAGUGAAGAAAAACCCCGCUCAGGAGAUGAUAGACAGCCAACCAGUAAAUGUCAUGGCGCCGGAGGCACCUAUACGCAAACCAAGGGCAAGACCAAUCAAGGCGACUAAGACAUCAAGCAAUGAGAAGACUGAACGACAUCUUUCAAGCUCCAACUUACCACAGCGUGUUGCUGAGGACAAGCCCACUUCGCAUCCUCGUAGUCCCGACUCAAGGUUUGGCUUUGUCCCACCUCCACCUGCGACCUCCGAACGCCAUUUCAUCCGUGCUCUCUCUAGGUUCAACAGUACACCAUCAGGAUCCUCCCAGCCUAACACGCCCAAACGCACCCUCACUGGCGCCCAUUCGCGGAAACACGACAAUCUGCGUCAUCAUUCCAAGUCAGAUACUAGCCGUGCCCUACCAGCAUCCAAACCUGUCCCUCUUGAACACACCCCCGCUGGUGCUCAUUCACAGAAACGCAACGAUCCACGUCCUCACUGUAAUGCUAGUCGUAAACCACCGGUGUCCAAACACAUCCCUCGACACACCGUCACCAGUGACAGCAAUCCGCCCACUGACCUGGAAUCCGAUUACACUCGUCCAUCACGGAUGAAUAUUUCAGAUGCCGAGGCUCCUCUACAUGGCGAUGAGGGCUACGACUCGGGACGAGAUCACGAUGUGGAUGCUAACAAUUCUGAUCUGGACAACUCGGAUGCUAGAACUAAUGACGUGCAGGUGGACCAUGGCAAUGAUGGUGAUAGUGGGGAGGCGGACCAGGAUGUUGAUGUUGAUAAUCUGGGUGUAGACCAGGAUGAUGGUGACAGUUUUGUUGACGACCCCCACCAGGAUCAUGACACCUCGAAAGAUAGCAACGAUGAUGAAUUCACUCGUGCACGCUCACGAGUCGCCGACAGCUCACACAAUGCCCGAGAUGUCCUCCAAGACCAUCGCGCAAAGAACUGUCGCCCUCGCAUGCCUGACCUGGAUGAGCUCGAGACUUUGCGUCGUCGCGCUACUACUCAAGAUUCAGCUCAAUCUUCUUCUGAAGAGGAGGUUGUAGUACCACGCAAGAGAACGCGGAUGAUCAAAGCAACUGCGCAGAACAUUCGCUUCUAUCCUCCUUCUUGGAAGGAUUUACUAGAGGCCGCAAAGAAGAAAUCACGCCUAGGCUUGCUCACUAGCACAGCGUCAAAGCGCAGUGAUUUUCUCAAAACCAAGGGUAUUGAAUAUCUCUUAGAAACACUCGAAGACUUUGGAUCCCAGGGUCUAUGGGACGAUCGCGCUACUAUGCGUUCCGAAAUGAAAAAGGCUGCGCGUCCGAUUGUUCUGGCACAUUACGAAAUUCUUCCACCCGAUGUUGACGACGAGAACGACUAUGAGCGGGAGGUGCGUGACAACGUCAAAACAUUGUUGCAGAAUGGUGCUUUCCUACGGGAUGGAGGCAGGACCAAUAAUCUUGCAAACGAGGCCCUGGGCAGCUUUUGUAUGUCCUAUUUUUACAAGGGUGAGAACGCGCUCGCGAAGUCAUUUCCAGACUUGUUCGCCGUUGCUGUCCCCGAAGGUGCCGUUGCACUUGCAGCGACUGCGCUUGCUGCCGCUAUCGACGAGUACAAGACCGGUACUUACAAGCAAAUGAAAUUCGUCGCCGAUUUAUAUCAACCCAUCUACGACAGCGUCAUUCAGCUCUACCAUGAUGUGCAGAAGGACCACUAUCAUGCAAAGAAAUGCCGGGCCGCCAGAAAGAAAUGGGCUCGUACUGCAGGAAUCCUGACUCGCAAUGAUCCAAACAGGCGCCAUGACUGGGGCUUGAAACUCCAACUGGACUGA